AUGGCUACUCCGGGUUCGACUGCUGCUUCCUGGGCGGAUAAGGUGGAUGAAGGGGAUUUUCAGACUUCGGCUCACCGUCAAUGGCAGCAGUUCACGGCAAGUAAGCUCUCCUUUUCUGACCAGAAACUUGAAUUUACUGAACCAUUGUUUAGAGAUGGACAGAAAUAUGCUAGGGUUGACGUUGAAGAGGUCAAAGUUCAACCUGCGAAUUGGAGUUCGGUAGUAAUUUGUAUGGUUCUUGGUGCUAAUCCUCCAAUGGCUGUUUUUGAAGGAUUCAUCAAAAGAGUUUGGGGUCAUCUAGGGAUUGCUCAAAUUGCUAGAAUGACAAUGGGGCUGACCAUGGUCAAAUUUAAUGAUGAUGCUACAAGAGAUCAUGUGCUGGAGAAUGGUAUACUUCAAUUUGAUAGGAAACCUGUUAUUAUUCGGCCAUGGACUGCUGAUCUCAGUGCAGUUUGUCUAAUUCGUUCAGUUCCACUGUGGAUUCGAUUACAUGACUUAGGGCUUCAGUAUUGGGGAAGUAAAUGUCUUAGUGCACUUGUGAGCAUGAUUGGUAAACCGAUUAUGGUUGACAAGUUUACUAGGGAGCGUUCAAGAGUUCAAUUUGUUAGAGUUCUUGUGGAAAUAGAAAUAACCGAUAAUCCUCCUAGAAAUAUUCAGUUUCUUAAUGAUCAUGGCCAGAUUAUGGAACAGGGGGUGGAAUAUGAAUGGUUGCCUAUUAAGUGCAAGGUUUGCUCUGGAUUUGGUCAUUCUAUGGUGGAUUGUCGUAAGGAGCUGAAAGCCCACUGGGUUAAAAAGGAUAUUGUGGCUAAAACAGAGGUAAAGGAAAUGAGGGAUAAGGAUUCAGCUGAAUCUGAAGGUGAGAUGCCUGCGAUUUUUCCUAGUGCUACUGGUACAGAGGGUUUUCAGGUCAAGAACUCUGAGGGUAUUCAGCUUACAGCCUCGGCUAAUGUUGAUAAAGCUAAGGGUGCAAAUGAAAGUAAACAAUGGCACACACCAAAGCAUGUGGCUACUCAAUCUAAACAAGGAUUGGUGGCAGGUAUUAGUUCUCUUCCUUCUGAGCAAGGGAAAAAGCAGUUGAAUAAAUUUGAGGUGCUUCAAGAGCAGAUGAAUGGUGGAAAAGAAGGUUACAAUGUCUCUAAUUCUUCCUAUGGAUAA